AUGAUUUUCGAACUAAAAAAUCUAUCUUUAAGGUCACUUGAGCCAGCUCUUAUUUUUCACCAUAGGAUUGAGUCAAACCUGUGGACUGGUGAAGAAGAAAAGGAAGUUAAGAUAUUUUAUGACGCAAUUAAAGACGCAUUGAAAGAUGUUUCACUUGAAGAACAAAGAAAACAAAAACUAUUAUUUCUUCAAAAGACACCACCUGAAAUCAAGCGAAUUCUUCGUGGGAAAUGUUCUGAUGAAGAACAUGAUGCCUAUCAAGACAUUUAUAAUACCUUGGAGGAAUUAGUUCUAAAACUAAAUGAUGAUAAUGAUUAUGAUUCGUUACAUAUGGAAGUCAUAGAUAUCACCUCCAAGUGGGCAAGUAAAUUCAAAGAUACCACGGUUAAUUUUGCCAAAGGUGUGUUUUCAAAGAAAUUGGAAUUGGAAGAAGAUUUGGUGAAAGAGUGCAAGAAAGUCAUUCAAGAAACUCAAAGCAACACCAAUCUUAAAUGGAUUAUUUCUGAAAGUUCCAUAGUCUCAUUAGGUCACUGGUGGAAAUUGAGUAUAGAUUGGAAUAAAAAUCAGUCCGAGAGAAACUUUCUAACUCAAGUUAUAGAACCGCUUCUUUCUGUAGCAUUGUAUGAUCUUCCAGUGGAUGUUACAUACGAGUUAAAAGGAGAACUGCAAAGUCGCGCCAAUCAAGAUUAUAAAUCAAGGAAUACAAAAACUUCAGCAAUUGGAGAUCGUCCUGACAUCAUGUUUACGGUUAAAAUUAGUGAAAAAGCCCUGGAGUUACUUUAUAUUGAAAGUGGGCGAUGCAUAACUACUGAAAAGAAGGUUUCAUCAGAUCACACUAAAUUGAUUCGCUUAUGUAAAAGCGGUUAUAAUUUUGUAACCACCCAAAAACGAUUGAAGGACAACAAAGAAAUUUGUUCUUUUCUUACGAUUUUGGGGAUUAAUAUAACUGGCAAGCACAUGAAAAUAUACGGACUUCAAAGAAAGAAUAAUAUUUAUUUUUACUUCCCAAUCGUUGAAGCGGACAUACCUGUGAGACAAACUGCUUGGGAAAAUGUACAUGAAUUAGUAUAUGCAUUAUUAUUAGUGCGG